AUGCCUAGCCGGGUGAGCAGUGCACAGGGAGACUCCCUUCUGCACCGUUCCAAGAGUUCCUUGCAGGAAUUUGCGGCCGCUGCUGCAGCCAACGAUGCCGAUCACCGGCUGGACUUGGACGCCCUGGUGCAGAGACUGCGGGCCUGUGGUGCACGAGGCGAAGAUGCAGACUACAUAUCCCAGCUCUUCGAUGUGUGGGCAGCACCAGGUGUGAAUGGAAAGCUGCUGUCAGUGAGCGACUUCCUCCAGCGUUUUCUCGAGGUGGCGCGACGACUCCCGGGCAAGCAGUGUGGGGCACCCUGUGAAGGUGGUCUUCCACCCGGCUCUGAGCCGUUGGAGAGGGAGGUGGUCCGGCUGGUCUCGCGAGACGGCACGGGCAACUGGGCAGGGAAGGCCAAAGAGCUCUGCAAAUCCUUCCCGGGCACCUCCGCGGAGUCUCUGGAGGCAUUGUGGCACCGCUUGGCCCCCACAAUCAAGAAGGUUAUUGAGGGCGACCAGCCGAUGGCGUGCGGCCACAGUUGCAGCACGUGUCCAACCAAGCACGAGUGCCAGGUUCACGAUGCCAUCAAGGACAUUGAAGAUCUGUAG